AUGCCUCCCUAUGAAGCUCUAUACAGAAGGAAAUGCCGGACCCCUCUUUGUUGGAGUAAAAUUGGUGAAAGAAAGCUUAUUGGUCCUGAAAUUGUGCAACAAACAGAGGACAAGGUAAAAAUUAUCAAGGAUCGUCUAAAGAUUUCUUCGGAUCGACAAAAGUCAUACGCUGAUCUUAAAAGGAUUGGACCAGUUGCAUAUAAAUUAGCUUUGCCACCGGAGUUGGAGAAGAUCCACAAUGUCUUUCAUGUUUCUAUGCUCAGAAGAUAUCGUUCUGAUACAUCGCAUGUUCUUCCAGUUGAAUCUAUUGGGGUUAAUCCUGACUUGACGUAUAGUGAAGAACCUAUCCGGAUUGAAGCUCGAGAAGUAAAGCAACUGAGAAACAAGAGAAUUCCCUUAGUAAAGGUGCUUUGGAGGAACCAUUCUGGAAAGGAAGCUACCUGGGAAAGAGAAGAAGACAUGAGGACCCAGUAUCCACACUUGUUCCGGGACUAG